AGUGGAUUCAAACAGAAACAGGGAUAAGUAUACGGUCCAUGUAUAUAUCAAGCUCAGUCAUUUGAUUUUACAGUUACAGGGGCUCGUCGCUUUGUGCUAAACCAUUUUUCAGUAAUGUACCAACACAACAAUCCGUCCUUGUGUUAUUAUAAAGCCAAAAGCUGCUAGCGUCUUCCUCUUUCUUCCAUUCCCACGCCAAACUGAAAACCACAGACCAUGGCUCAUCAUCUCCGUGUCAUCUCCCUCACCGGCUUCACCAUCGUCCUCUCCCUCGCCCUCCUCUUCACCUCCCUGCAAGCUCAAGUUGUGAUCCCCUGGUGGGCAGGAUCCAGCAACUUGGGCGAGGAGAAACGACAGUCAUGGGUGAGUACUACGUCCCCGUGCGGAGCGUGGUGUACCGGUCGCGGUCGGUGGCGCUGCCGGCGGCGGCGGCGACGACGUCGACGGAGGCGGUGGGGUACGAGCCGUUCGAGGUGUGCGAGGGGUGCCGGUGCUGCUCGACGUCCAACACGAGCAGCUGCGUGGACACGAGCUGCUGCUACUCCAUCGACUGCAACCUCCCGGGGAAGCCCUUCGGCACCUGCGCUUUCACGCCCCAAACCUGCGGAUGCGGCGGCACCGGCAACUGCACCCAGCCCUCCUGAUGAUCCUUGCUUUCCUGAUGAUUUCCCCAUUCAUCACUAAUCUUCUCGUCUCACACAACAUAAGUGUGCUACUGAUGAAGUGCUGAUCAGUUCAAUCCAAAUUGUAACGGUUUGGUUUGACGAUGAUGCAACUGCAAACG